CAUCACCAUCAGACUCAUUAUAACCCCCUCUUCUUUUCUUCUGCCAGAAUCGUUAUCACCCCUCAGUCCUUUCUCUAACGUGCCGGGCAGUGUCUGCUGCUCCCCCUCGUUCAUUAUUACCACUGACAGUAAAUAUGAUCGCCCGCGUUCUUAUUCUCGUUAUCGCUGCGCUUCACACUCAAUUUGUUUUCGCCUUCACUUGUACUCGUAACUAUACUGUGAUUAAGGGAGACACAUGCGAUGCCAUUUCCCAAACACACAAUGUUUCCACUUACCAGCUUGCUGUUCUCAACCCAACCAUCAACAGUGGCUGCACUAAUCUUGAGAUUAGCCAGUGCCUCUGCCUUGGCUCCUCUCAAGCGGACUGCACCAAGACUUACACCGUAUCAGUGGGCGAUUAUUGCCAAAAGAUUUCGGACGAAUUCGGUCUCAGUGGCGCAAUGCUUUACGCCAAUAAUCCCUAUAUCAGUGCUGUCUGCGAUAACAUUGAUAUUGGCCAGGUCCUUUGCGUUGACAAGGCAUAUAAUGUCCCUCCGCUUCAGCCGAAUCAGCCCAAACCUUCGAUUGAUCCCACACCAAAGAAAGAGGUUUACCCCCCCAAGCCGACAUCCGAUGACGACCUCCCUUGGUGCAAGGACGGUGAGGAUGAGUGGGAGUAACGUUCAAUAUCUGAAAGCCAUCCGGGAUACUCUUUUUUGAGCGUGGUGUGAACACCGAGUUAUUCAAGUUUUUCAUUGCCAGGUAGUUGGGCAGAUUUGACCCUUCUUGGUGGCCAAGUUACCCAUGCCUCGGCCUUUGGCGUUUUGUAUUGAGGUCCUACUAGAUGUUUUAUAUACAAGCCUCUGGUUAUUCUGUUUCAGCCAUCUAUGAGGCUUUCUUGAGCAUGAUGAGUGCCAAGGGCCACUCCAGCUCCACCUCAGCUGGAAUCAUCCCCAAAUCCUGCUUGAGGAUGUCUCUCAAGCUCCCCACAAAUCUGGUAACGAUGUCACCAUCACUUCUUCCCUUAUCCUCGGGGUGUUCGUUCCAAUACGCAUGCAAUGCGCUCCAGGUGUGGAGAUAAUGUGUUAGACCGUCCCAACUAACCCUCUUAUUCAGU